AUGGCUGGGGGAAGAAUAAGGGCGAAAAUCCGUAGGAGCAAUCUCUACACUUUUGCUUGCCACAGGCCACGCCCUUUUGAGGAAGGUGAGGUGCAAGAAGUCCAAGGGCCCGGUUACUCGAGAAUCGUACAUUGCAACCAGCCCCGUAUUCAUGAGCAAAAGCCUCUCAAAUACUGCACGAACUAUAUCUCGACCACCAAGUACAAUUUCCUCACCUUCCUUCCAAAGGCGAUUUUCGAACAAUUCAGACGUGUCGCCAACUUGUAUUUUCUCCUAGCCGCAGCCUUAUCACUUACUCCCGUAACACCGUUUGCUCCUCUAAGUAUGAUUGCCCCACUGGUGUUUGUGGUUGGCUUGAGUAUGGCUAAAGAAGCUCUUGAAGACUGGCGAAGAUUUAUACAGGAUAUGAAGGUCAACUUGCGAAAAGCUAAGCUACACAAGAAAGAAGGUGUGUUUGCUCCUAAACCCUGGAUGAAGCUUCGGGUUGGAGAUAUUGUGAAAGUUGAGAAGGAUCAGUUUUUCCCUGCAGAUUUGCUGCUUUUGUCCUCGAGUUAUGAAGAUGGGAUUUGUUACGUUGAGACAAUGAAUUUAGAUGGUGAGACGAAUUUGAAGGUUAAACGAGCCCUUGAGGCGACUCUACCCCUUGAUGAUGAUCUGACAUUUAAGGAAUUUCGUGCAACCAUUCGUUGUGAGGAUCCUAAUCCUAACCUCUACACUUUCGUGGGCAAGCUUGAAUAUGGUGACCGUGUCUAUCCCCUUGAUCCUAGUCAGAUUCUGCUCAGGGACUCAAAGCUUCGUAACACGGCCUACAUUUAUGGAGUGGUGAUAUUCACCGGUCAUGAUACUAAGGUUAUGCAGAACGCUACAAAAUCCCCUUCAAAAAGAAGUAGGAUAGAGAAGCAAAUGGACAAAAUAAUAUACAUUCUUUUCAGUCUUCUAGUGUUCAUGUCAUUCAUAAGCAGUGUGGGUUUUAUCGUGAAGACUAAAUACGAUCUGCCAAAGUGGUGGUAUUUACAGGUCCCAGAUGACAAAGGUCUGUUCAAUCCUAGGAAUCCGCUAAAGUCGGGAUUUUAUCAUCUCAUCACUGCUCUUAUGUUGUACGGAUAUUUGAUACCGAUAUCCCUCUAUGUGUCUAUUGAGGUCGUAAAAGUCCUACAAGCUCUAUUCAUGAACCAGGAUAUCCAUAUGUAUGAUGAAGAGACUGGGACUCCUGCUCAGGCACGAACAUCAAACUUAAACGAGGAAUUAGGACAGGUUGACACAAUCUUAUCCGAUAAAACUGGGACAUUGACUUGUAACCAGAUGGACUUUUUAAAGUGCUCCAUUGCUGGCAUUGCAUAUGGUACCCGUGCUAGUGAUGUAGAACUUGCUGCUGCCAAACAGAUGAUCAUGGAGGGCGAAAAUGAAAGAAAUGGACACAAUUUUGAGGAAUCAGAAAUCCAAUUGGAGACUGUUGUUACCUCGAAAGAUGGCGAAGCUCCAAAACCUUCAAUAAAGGGUUUCAGCUUCGAGGAUAGCCGGCUUAUGAAUGGGAAUUGGUUUAAAGAACCGAACGAGAAUGUUAUUUUAUUGUUUUUCAGGAUAUUAUCACUCUGUCACACAGCAGUCCCAGAGCAAAAUCAAGAGACAGGGGCCUUGACUUACGAGGCAGAAUCACCUGAUGAAGGCGCAUUUCUUGUUGCUGCUAGAGAAUUUGGUUUCGAGUUCUGUAGGAGAACGCAGUCAAGUGUUUCUGUACGUGAGAGGUAUCCUUCAUUUCAAGAGCCGAUUGAAAGGGAGUUCAAAGUUCUCAAUCUGUUGGAUUUCACUAGCAAACGGAAGAGAAUGUCUGUAAUUAUUAGAGACGAGAAGGGGCAGAUUCUUCUUUUGUGCAAAGGAGCUGAUAGCAUCAUCUUUGACCGGCUAGCGAAGAAUGGCAGAAUGUAUGAAGAAGCCACCAGAAAGCAUUUGAAUGAAUAUGGAGAGGCUGGGUUACGAACACUCGCACUUGCUUACAAGAAACUCGAUGAGGCAGAGUAUUCUUCGUGGAAUGAAGAGUUUACCAGUGCAAAAACCACAUUUGGCAGUGACAGGGAGGCAAAUCUUGAGCGGAUUUCUGAUAAAAUGGAAAGGGAGUUGAUACUGGUUGGUGCCACUGCUGUGGAAGACAAAUUACAGAAAGGAGUGCCUCAGUGCAUUGACAAACUAGCACAAGCUGGUCUAAAGAUCUGGGUUCUGACAGGUGAUAAGAUGGAGACUGCAAUUAAUAUAGGAUUCGCUUGUAGUUUGCUUCGGCAGGGCAUGAAACAAAUAUGUAUAACAACGUACGCAGAGACACCAAUCCAACAGAAAGCCGCAAAGGAGGAUAUAUUACUGCAAAUUAUCAAUGCAACUGAAAUGAUCACGAUGGAAAAGGAUCCACAUGCUGCGUUUGCCUUAAUCAUUGAUGGCAAAACUUUGACUCAUGCACUGGACGAUGACAUGAAGCAUCACUUCUUAAAUUUAGCCGUUCAUUGUGCGUCUGUCAUAUGCUGCCGAGUUUCACCCAAGCAAAAAGCCCUGGUUACAAGAUUAGUAAAAGAAGGAACAGGAAAAAUCACGUUAGCAAUUGGCGAUGGUGCGAAUGAUGUUGGUAUGAUUCAGGAGGCAGAUAUUGGUGUUGGUAUCAGCGGAUGUGAAGGAAUGCAGGCUGUGAUGGCAAGUGAUUUUGCGAUUGCACAAUUUAGAUUUCUGGAGAGGCUUCUGGUCGUGCAUGGACACUGGUGUUACAAAAGAAUUGCUCAAAUGAUUUGUUAUUUCUUCUACAAGAACAUUGCAUUUGGACUGACUAUCUUCUAUUUCGAGGCAUUUGCUGGUUUUUCUGGACAGUCGGUGUAUGAUGACUGGUACAUGCUGCUGUUCAAUGUUGUUCUCACGUCAUUGCCCGUCAUUUCACUUGGAGUCUUUGAACAGGAUGUCGAUUCUGAAGUAUGCCUGCAGUUCCCGGCCCUUUACCAGCAAGGCUCGAAGAACCUCUUCUUUGACUGGCAGAGGAUAUUCGGGUGGAUGGCCAAUGGCCUGUACACAUCCCUCAUCAUCUUCUUCCUCAACAUCAUCAUCUACUAUGACCAGGCUUUCCGGGCCGGUGGCCAAACGGCCGACAUGAUUGCCGUGGGGACUGCCAUGAUGACAUGUGUCAUCUGGGCCGUUAAUUCCCAGAUUGCCCUUACCAUGUCCCACUUCACCUGGAUACAACAUAUUCUCGUCUGGGGAAGUGUCGUCACAUGGUAUUUCUUCCUCCUUGUCUAUGGCGAUCUCCCGUAUGCUCUUCAGGUCAAUGCCUUUAGGGUCCUCCGGGAGGUUUUAGCUCCGGCACCUAUUUACUGGUCGGCCACUCUACUUGUGACCGUAUUGUGCAACUUGCCGUAUUUUGUGCACAUUGCUUUCCAGAGGUCGUUUAACCCGCUCGACCAUCACGUGAUUCAGGAGAUUAAGUAUUAUAAGAAGGAUAUUGAAGACGGGCAAAUGUGGAGACACGAGAGGUCGAAGGCUCGGGAGAAUACGAAAAUCGGGUACACGGCAAGGGUGGACGCGAAAAUCAGGCAGUUGAGAGAGAGGCUUCAGAAGAAAUACUCGGUGAUUAGUUGCCAUACUGUUGCACAACAAUAA